AUGCUUCGAGUUGAGAUUCGACAAAAAGCCAAAGACUUGGUCUUCAACUCAUACUUGCCUUUCGUGGAGAGCAAGGCCAAGGAGAUGAUCAAGAGCGAGAAGAGAAACCUCGAGAUGCACACAUACUCUCACGGCUCUGACACUUGGGAAACCAAGAGCCUCGAGAACCAUUCAACCUUUGAAACGAUUGUUAUGAAGGAAGAGGUCAAGCGUGGCCUCAUCGACGAUCUUGAUCGGUUCAUGAGAAGGAAAGAUUUCUACAACAAAGCUGGGAGACAUUGGAUGAGAUACUUGCUGCAUGGUCCACCUGCGACCGGGAAGACUAGUCUAGUGGCUGCUAUGGCUAAUUAUCUCAACUUCGAUGUCUAUGACCUAAAGCUCUCUCGAGGGGUGAAAAGUGACUUUGAUCCAAGGAGAAUAAUUCUAAGAGUCAAGGACAGCGCGAUUCUCGUCGUAGAGGAUAUAGACUGCUCCUUCGAGGGAUCGAUCGACGUCGACAUUAUCGCAACUGUUAAGUAG